GGGAAGCGCGAGCGAGGGGGGCACGCGGGCUUUCGAUGCUUUCGCCGGGUGCGGGCGAAGAAGACGGUUGUAAAGCGAGGGCGAGACGCGCACUCCGGGCAGCGGCCGUGCGCGGGCCCAUGAGAGGGGCGCUGGACUCGCCUGCCGGUCUGGAUCGGUUUCGUUGCAGCGGCGCGGCGUCGUCGUCGGUGGUCUCCCUGGCAAGCGGCGCGCACCGGCGGGAGCCCGACUGGGCAGCAUGGAAUGCAAGCUGGAGGCGCACCGCAUCGUCAGCAUCUCCCUGGGCAAGAUGUACAGCGCGCGGGGCCAGCGCGGCGGCGUGAAACUCCACAAGAACCUGCUCGUGUCGCUGGUCCUGCGCAGCGCCCGGCAGGUCUACCUGAGCGAGCUGGACGGCUCCGCCGCGGCCGCCGGCCCCGACCCGCUCCGGCCUGGAGAGCACCCGACGCCGCCAACGCCGCCUCUCUUCCCUUCUCCCGCCGCUGCUCCUCCUCCUCGGGUCUUUUUGCCCCCCGAGCAAGCCGCGGAGCCCCGGGCUUCCCCCUUGCCCCGGCGGCUCCCUCCGGACUGGGAGACGCCGCGGCUGCCGCGCUGCUGCUGCUCCUGCUGCUGCUGCUGCGCCUCGGCUCUAGCGGGCGGGCGGCCGUCGGAGGCGCCCUCCCCGCCCUACUGCCCCCGGAAGCGGAGCGCGGCGGCGCCCGGCGAGGAGGCGGCGGCGGCGCUGGGGGGCUCGCCCUUGAAGAAGCCCCGGCGGGAGGCAGAGGCGCCGGAGGAGGACAUGGAGACCGGCAACGUGGCCAGUCUGAUCAGCAUUUUCGGCUCGAGUUUCUCGGGGCUGCUCAGCAAAAAGCCGGCUUCUUGCGGCGGCCGGGCGCGGCGGAGGCGCCAGGAGGUGGCGGAGGAGGAGGAGGAGGAAGCGGCGGCGGCAACCGCGAAGACGCCGGAGGCUGAGCCCGGGCAGAUCUGCUGCGACGAGUCGAUGCUUCGGAACCUCAACCCUUGGAGCACGGCGAUCGUGGCGUUGUGAACUCGGCGCGGCCAAAGGCGGACCCUGAUCCGGAGUGAGGCCGGAUCGCGGGCCGCUCUGGAGAGCGCUGGCCAGACUGGGAGUGCGG